AUGGAAGAUAAUAUUUCAUCAACAACGAUCAUCGAUAUUUCGCGCUACUGUUCGAGCUUUAAUGAUGGUGAUUUAUGGCCAUCAUCUCAAUCAUUAUGUUCUCAAUCACCAGUACAAAGAUUAUUUUCACCAACACCAACUCGUUCAACAGAUUCAGAUUCACCAAUUUUACCCUUAGCACCAAUUGGAUGGCCACUUUCAUCUGCAUUUGCUAAUAUUGAUCUUGAUCCACCAUUAUGGUCAUCAAAUAUUUCUUCUUUAUCACAACAUCAACCAUGUAAAUGUUGUCAUUGUGGAAAUAAAACAGAAAAUUGGUCGGAAAAAUUACAAAAUCGUAUACGUUCUCAUUUCAAUAAAGAUGAAAAACAAAUAGUAACACCAAUUCAACGACCAUCACCUGCUCGAACUAGUACUCCAUCAUCAACAUUAAAUAUAUUUGAUGAUAAUGAUGAUGAUGGUACAUUACGUUUACAUGUAUCAAAUAUUCCAUUUACAUGGUCAAAAGAAAAAUUAGCUGAAGUUUUUGGAAAAUAUGGAACAACAUUUGAUGUUGAAGUUGUUUAUAAUGAACGUGGUUCUAAAGGUUUUGGUUUUGUUACAUUUCUUGCAAAAAAAGAUGCACUUGAAGCUAAACGACGUAUGGAUAGAGAAAUUGUCGAUGGACGACGAUUAGUUGUUAAUUUUGCUAAACCAAAACAAAAAACAUCUGGAUCAUCAAAAGAACAUUCAUUAACUAGUUCAAAUUGGAAAACAACUAGUUCAAGUGAUCGAUCUCAUCGUAUUAUAAAUAAUCAUUAUCAAUCCUUAGGUUUUUCAACACCACCUACAGCUCGUCGACAACAUUUAUCAGGUUUUUCAUCACUUUCAUCAACACCAACACGAUCAACAACAACAAAUAACUAUCAUCGAUAUUAUCUAUAA